AUGUUACCCACUGAUCAGGAGAUCGGCGCCUCGACGCGGUCUCUGCAUGCAGAUGAUGCGCUCAAUGUCGUUGCAGACGUCGCCCCUCCACUGCACGUUGCGACUACUUUUCGCUACUCGGACGACCCGGACAAGUUGACGCCGGUAGCCGACCUGAGCGGCUACAAUGACGAGGAUAAAACGUCACACGUAUAUUCGCGCCUAACUGCUCCCAACUUUACCCGUUUCGAAACUGUUCUCUCAGCGCUUCUCAAUGGCCAGGCUAUUAGCUACUCUUCUGGACUGUCGGCAUUUCAUGCGGCCCUUACAUUGUUGAACCCUCGUCGGAUCUCGAUCGGCAAUGGCUACCAUGGAUGUCAUGGAGUCAUCGACUUGUUCAGCCGCCUGACCGGCAUGCAAAAGUUGCCUCUGGAUUGUCACCCGGAAGAGUUGCAGGCUGGAGAUGUUAUUCACUUGGAAACUCCUGUGAACCCCGAGGGCACGUCGUUCAACAUUGAGACCUACGCCAAAAAGGCGCACUCUCGAGGAGCGUACCUUAUUGUCGAUGGAACCUUUGCUCCACCUCCCCUUCAAGAUCCCUUCCAAUGGGGUGCGGAUCUCGUGAUGCAUUCGGGAUCCAAAUACUUUGGCGGACACAGCGAUGUCCUUUGUGGUGUGCUUGCGACACAGAACAAAGACUGGGCGCAACAACUAUUUAAAGACAGAGUCUUCUUGGGAAGUGUAAUGGGCAACAUGGAGAGCUGGCUAGGAGUUCGGAGCUUGCGAACCCUGGAGGUUCGGGUGCAACGACUGAGUCAGAACGCGACGAAUCUGGUAUCGUGGCUUCACGACGCACUGCAUGCGCCGAACGCGGCUCCGGGCAGCGACGAAGAGGCGACUCAAAAGGCUCUCGAACAGGUUUUUCACUCGAGUCUACAGAAAGACGACGAGUCCUGGCUGUUGAAGCAGAUGCCCAACGGGUUUGGGCCUGUCUUUUCUAUCACGAUGAAGGAGGAGGAUUACGCUCGCAAACUCCCAAGCAAGCUCGCAUUCUUCCAGCAUGCUACUAGCCUCGGAGGUGUGGAGUCGCUGAUUGAAUGGCGGACGAUGUCUGAUAAGACUGUGGACCGUCGGUUGUUGCGGAUACCAAUGCAAUUUCAUCACAUUUAA